UGCCUUGUGAAUCAAGCGCCAUAGUCACCGUAGUCCUGGCGACUGUUACCCAUCAACAACAACUACUCCUCUCCUCCUCCUCCUCCUCCUCUUCCUCCUCCUCCUCCCCACCACCACCAUCUCCAUCACCCACCAACAACACCACAAUAAUCCACAGCCAAGAAACCAUCAUGCAGACAUCAGAGACUGGGUCGGACACAGGUUCGACAGUGACUUUACAGACAUCUGUGGCUGGCCAAGCAGCAGUGCCCACCCAGGUUGUACAGCAAGUACCCGUACAGCAACAGGUACAGCAAGUACAGACUGUACAGCAGGUGCAGCAUGUCUACCCAGCUCAGGUGCAGUAUGUGGAGGGAAGCGAUACAGUCUACACAAAUGGAGCAAUCCGAACAACAACUUAUCCUUACACAGAAACCCAGAUGUACAGCCAAAACACUGGAGGGAAUUACUUUGAUACCCAAGGAAGUUCUGCACAGGUGACUACAGUGGUCUCAUCUCAUAGUAUGGUGGGCACUGGAGGGAUUCAGAUGGGUGUUACAGGAGGACAACUCAUUAGCAGCUCUGGAGGAACCUAUCUGAUUGGCAAUUCAAUGGAAAAUUCUGGCCAUUCUGUGACGCACACAACCCGGGCCUCCCCAGCGACGAUUGAAAUGGCGAUUGAGACGCUGCAAAAGUCUGACGGUCUGUCCACUCACAGAAGCUCUCUUCUCAACAGCCAUCUCCAGUGGCUGUUGGACAAUUAUGAAACAGCAGAAGGUGUGAGCCUCCCUAGAAGUACCCUUUACAACCAUUACCUACGACACUGUCAGGAACACAAACUGGACCCAGUCAAUGCUGCCUCCUUUGGAAAACUCAUAAGGUCAAUUUUCAUGGGGCUACGAACCAGGAGAUUGGGAACUAGAGGGAACUCCAAGUACCAUUACUAUGGGAUUCGUGUCAAGCCAGACUCCCCUCUUAAUCGACUACAAGAGGACAUGCAAUAUAUGGCUAUGAGACAACAACCCAUGCAGCAGAAACAAAGGUACAAGCCUAUGCAGAAAGUGGAUGGGGUUGCAGAUGGUUUCACAGGAAGUGGUCAACAGACAGGCACAUCUGUUGAGCAAACUGUAAUUGCCCAAAGUCAGCAUCAUCAACAGUUUUUAGAUGCAUCGAGAGCACUUCCAGAGUUUGGAGAAGUUGAAAUAUCUUCCCUACCAGAUGGUACUACCUUUGAGGAUAUCAAAUCACUGCAGAGUCUUUAUCGAGAGCACUGUGAGGCAAUAUUGGAUGUUGUUGUGAAUCUUCAGUUUAGCCUGAUAGAAAAAUUGUGGCAAACUUUCUGGCGUUAUUCUCCCUCCACUCCAGCUGAUGGUACUACCAUUACUGAAUCCAGCAAUCUGAGUGAAAUAGAAAGCCGACUUCCGAAAGCAAAGCUGAUAACUCUGUGCAAAAAUGAGUCUAUUCUGAAAUGGAUGUGUAACUGUGACCAUGGGAUGUACCAGGCUUUGGUGGAGAUUCUCAUUCCCGACGUCCUUAGACCUAUUCCUAGUGCCUUGACCCAAGCCAUUCGCAAUUUUGCAAAAAGCCUUGAAGGUUGGCUUUCCAAUGCCAUGAACAAUAUUCCACAGAGAAUGAUACAAACCAAGGUUGCCGCUGUAAGUGCCUUUGCCCAGACUCUGCGAAGAUACACAUCGCUUAAUCACCUGGCUCAGGCAGCUCGCGCCGUACUCCAGAACACUUCUCAAAUCAACCAGAUGCUCAAUGACCUCAACCGUGUUGAUUUUGCCAAUGUCCAGGAGCAGGCUUCCUGGGUGUGCCAGUGUGAUGACAACAUGGUUCAGAGACUAGAAACAGACUUCAAGAUGACUCUUCAGCAGCAGAGCACCUUGGAGCAGUGGGCUGCCUGGCUCGAUAACGUCAUGAUGCAAGCACUAAAACCUUAUGAAGGGAGACCCAGUUUUCCUAAAGCUGCGCGGCAAUUUCUGCUAAAAUGGUCUUUCUACAGUUCAAUGGUCAUUCGGGACCUCACCUUGCGCAGUGCUGCUAGCUUUGGCUCGUUUCACCUGAUCCGUCUGCUGUAUGAUGAAUAUAUGUUUUACUUAGUAGAACAUCGUGUUGCUCAGGCAACGGGAGAGACACCUAUAGCAGUCAUGGGCGAGUUUGGUGAUUUAAAUGCUGUGUCCCCUGGAAAUAUGGAUAAAGAUGAAGGCAGUGAAGUUGAAAGUGAAAUAGAUGAAGAACUGGAUGAUUCUGCAGAGCCUCAAGCCAAAAGGGAGAAAACAGAGCUGAACCAAGCAUUUCAGGUGGGCUGCCUACAGCCAGUCCUCGAGAGCGGAGUACAGCAGAACCUUCUGAAUCCCAUUCACAGUGAGCACAUUGUCACAAGUACUCAGACUAUCAGACAGUGCAGCGCCACUGGAAACACCUAUACUGCAGUCUAACAAAUAUUAAAAGCUUAUUUUUCCAGAUUAUAUUUAACCCUGGUGAUGUUGGGCUUAAGUUGACAAAAGAAUAAGCCUGAAGGUCGACUGUUGUCAAAUUCUAUCUGUGCUGAACAUUACCUUUUUUCGGAGUUGUGAAAUGGAAUGGGUGUAUGUAUUUUUGCCAGGUCUGUUUAAUUUUUUUGUAAACAAAUCAUUUGCCUCUCAAUAUGAAGAGUUUUCUUAGUUUUGGGUGUCAAGAAGGAUUUUUG